AUGAGGACAGCAAGGGCGCCCGCCCGGUGUCUCCAAUGCCUCCUCCGGCCCUCCAUACCGCAGCGACCCGCGCCCGCCGCAAGCAGAUUCUUCCAUGCGUCGAGGCAAUUACGAGCCAGCGAUGAGCCGUCCGGGCCCCGGAUCACCAAUACCAAGCAGGAGCCGCAGCAGCCGCUCAACGACCUCGGCGACGACGCCCUCGGGCCCAGGCGGCCCAGCACGGCGCCCAAGCCCGUCGUCGACAUCCGCCACAUCCGCCAGAACCCGGCCCUGUACGAGCAAAACUGCCUCGAGCGCAACUACAGGGCCCAGGCCGCCUUCCCGGCCCGCAUCAACCUGCUCUUCGACCAGUGGCAGGACCGCCAGCGCGAGGGGCGCGCCCUGCGCGAGCGCUCCAACCUGCUGCGCCGCCACCUCGCCAACCCCAACACCACGGCCCUCGCCGACGACGGCACCGACGCCUCGGCCGCCGACCUGCACGGCCGCCCGCGCGACGACGUCCUCGCCGAGGCCCGCGACCUCAAGGCCCGCCUCGCCGCCAUCGAGGACGCCGAGGCCGGCCUCCAGGACGAGAUGGAGCGCCUCGCCCUCGCCGUGCCCAACCUGACCAGCGACCAGACGCCGCGCGGCGACGAGGCCCUCGUCCUCUCCUACAUCAACGACCGGCCCGAGCCCCGCGGCCGCGAGUCGGACCGCGUCUGGCGCUCCCACGUCCACAUCGGCAGCGAGCUCGGCAUCCUCGACUUUGCCGCCGCCGCCGCCACCUCGGGCUGGGGCUGGUACUACCUCGUCGGCGAGGCCGCCCAGCUCGAGCAGGCCCUCGUCCAGUACGCCCUGACCGUCGCCUCCCGCGCGGGGUGGACCCAGGUCGCCCCGCCCAGCAUGGUCUACUCGCACAUCGCCUCGGCCUGCGGCUUCCAGCCCCGCGACCAGAACGGCGAGCAGCAGAUCUACGCCGUCGCGCGCCCGCAGAGGGACAGGGACGGCGGCCGCAGCCCGGAGCUCUGCCUCGCGGGCACCGCCGAGAUCCCCCUCGCGGGCAUGAAGGCCGAGUCCCAGCUCGACGAGACCGAGCUGCCCGCCCGCCGCGUCGGCGUCUCGCGCAGCUACCGCGCCGAGGCCGGCGCCCGCGGCGCCGAGACAAAGGGCCUCUACCGCGUCCACGAGUUCACAAAGGUCGAGCUCUUCGCCUGGACCGAGCCCACGCCGCGCGCCGCCGCCGAGGUCUUCGACGAGGUGGUCGACCUGCAGACCGAGAUGCUCGGCUCGCUCGGCCUGCACUGCCGCGUCCUCGAGAUGCCCGCGUCGGACCUCGGCGCCUCGGCCACCCGCAAGUGCGACAUCGAGGCCUUCUUCCCCAGCCGCGCCGAGCUGCGCGGCCGCGGCUGGGGCGAGGUCACGAGCGCCAGCAUCUGCUCCGACUACCAGACCCGCCGCCUCGCCACCCGCGUCCGCUACGACGGCAAGAUGACCUACCCCUGGACCGUCAACGGCACCGCCAUGGCCGUGCCCCGCGUCCUCGCCGCCAUCCUCGAGCACGGCUGGGACGAGGGCGAGAUGACCGUCGCCAUCCCCGAGGUCUUGCGCCCCUGGAUGGACGGCAAGGACAAGAUUGGGCCCCCCAAGCAUCGCCUCAGGUGA